AUGGAGGGCAAGGUGUACACAGGAGAGGACUACAAGACAAAGUUCAACCCCAGGGACUACUUAAAGACCUACUAUGCCUUUGAUUCAGGCACUGUAGCUGAAAACGAAAUCUUGAAAUUCCUCCUGAAUAAUCUCUUCGAAACUUUCUCUCCAGGAGGAGUGGGAGGUGACAUCCUGAUCGACAUCGGCACAGGCCCCACCAUCUACCAGCUGCUCUCAGCCUGUGAGGCCUUCCGGGAGAUCAUCGUGUCAGACUACUUGGAGCUUAACCUCCGGGAGGUAGACAAGUGGCUGAAGAAGGAGCCGGGGGCCUAUGACUGGUCCCCAGCCGUGCAAUACGUGUGUGAGCUCGAGGGAGACAGGAGCAAGUGGCAGGAGAAGGAGGCCCGGCUCCAAAGGAUAGUCACGCGGUUACUGACAUGCGACGUGAACCAGCCCCGUCCUCUGGGGUCGGCCCAGGUGCCCGCAGUGGACUGCGUGCUGACCCUGCUGGCCCUGGAGUGCGCCUGCCAUGACGUGGACGCCUACCGGGCAGCCAUCCGGAGCCUGGUCGGCCUACUGAAGCCAGGCGGGCACCUGGUCACCUCGGUGGCCCUGCACUUACAGAACUACAUGGUGGGACCCAGUAAGUUCUUUGGCCUCCCACUGGAGAAGGAGACAGUGGAGAAGGCCUUGCAGGAGGCCGGCUGCCAGGUGCUAAAGAGCCAGUACAGCCCUAUUAACUACUCAGAGGCCUACUGCAUCAACGAGGGCCUCUAUUUUGUGGUCGCCCGCAAGGAUCCUGGGGCCUGA